UUUCAAAACUCAAUUUUCAUCAGAAAUUAUAAUAAAUUACGGAUAAAACAGAAUUCAAAUGGAAAAUUAAUAAAUUUACCCCUUCAUCAACAUUUCCAUUAUUCAUAGAGUACGGUCAAUUUUGAUAGUUGCUGGAAACCGUGAUAAAAAAGCGCAAAAACAGCUGUCAAAGUGACUGUCCUGAACAGGACAGGUUGUUUGUUUUGUCUUGUGUAGUAGGCUGUUCACAUGUGCAUGACGUGUACAUUUACAGAGAAAGGAUAAUAUUAUAUAGAUAUGCACGUUACUAUCUACAGAGUUGUUGAAAAAUGAUGGCCUAUUUCAAAGAAAUGUAUAAACCAGAUGCAUCCGGUCUAAUGAGCCUUGACCCUGUCUCGGAAUCAGUUGACAUGGAAGAGAAUGAAGAGCUGGUUGAGCCUGAAAUCCAGAUAGUUGUGGUCGGAUCACAAUGUCAAAAAAAUCUGCAAUUGAAGGCUGCACUGGUGAAAAUGAAGUCGCCCGUUUACUACUCCCAGCGUGGAGAGGAAUACAUCAGUAGCAAUGAAGAGGAUGUGGAAACCUUCUUCGUUUAUGAGAACUUUGAAGACGACAUCUAUAAACGACUACGGGAUGCUGAGUGUCGGAUAGUUGGUCCACCGGUGAUUUUUAAAUGUGCUGAGGAUGGAAAGGGGUUACCUUUCAGCCCGCGACCCCUCUACUGCAUGGUGAUGCAUAAGCUAAUAUUUUGCUUCGCUGGAUUCAAAGUCAAAGAGGAACUGGCCCGAUUAGCUGACCUAGCCCAUCACAUGGGGGCGAGUAUCCGGAAAGAUUUCAGUCCAAGAGCAACUCACUUGGUGGCCAUGUCGACGGGCGGGGAGAAGUAUCGGGCUGCCGUUAGUCUUGGUACACCGAUCAUGACGUCAGAUUGGGUGGAAAAAGUAUGGGAAUGCCGGGACCAGCCAGACUUGGAUGUAAAGGACGAACGCUUUAAUGAGUUCAAGAUGAGUCCAUUCUUCAGAUGUGUCCUGGCUUUCUAUGGCUUUUCGACAACAGAUCAUUCACACAUGGAGGAACUCACUGGCAUGAAUGGUGGAAGUACAGCAGGAAUCACCGAGUGUCACAAAUGUACCCACAUCGUGAUGAACGAUGCAUCAGUCAAACAGCUGCCAAUGGAAGUGGGGCUUAAAGUCCAUGUGGUCAAGUCUGAGUGGUUCUGGGGCAGUAUUCAGAUGAACGCGUGUGCUAAUGAAGACAUGUACAAGUUCUCCUCCCACGGGACGUCACCCAUGAACAGAUUCGACCGGACGUCUUCGGUGUCUAAAAUACGAAAACGUAAACGCCUGAAGGAGAACUUGGCCCAGCUAGCGCAGGAAGGAGAGGCUGAGUCACCUUUUCACUCCAAGCGACAGUCGACAGAUAUAUCGCGGAUGUCCCUCAGUGCUUCAUUAUUGGAUGUGUCGUGCGAUACUUCUGUUAUCCUUGGCGACAACCAAAAAGAGCAAGAGCCAUCGAAGAGUACGAGUCAACCAGUUGCCAGGGUCACUGCUCGUAUGCAAGUUGUUAAAGAGUUCUUACAGACGGAGACCAACUAUGUCGGAAUCUUAGAAACGAUUUUACGGGUGUUUAAAGAUGCGAUAGAAGACCCGGAACAACCUGGAGGACCCCUGUUACCACCGAAAGACGUCGACAUAAUAUUCAACGGACUCCCUGAGAUCUAUAACCUGCACGCUCAAGUGCGAGACCAACUGUUGGAGAUUAUUAACAAUUGGACAGAGGAGGCGUGUGUCGGGGAAGUUAUACAAAAACAUGCUGGUGCUAUGGAGAAAGCAUAUCCACCAUUUGUCAAUUUCUUCGACCAGACCAAGGAGACGAUUAAGCAUUGUGAUAAGACUGUUCCCAGGUUCCAUGCUUUUCUAAAGCGGUGCUUAAUGAAACCAGAGUGUGGGCGUCAGACAUUACAAGAAUUGAUCAUUCGACCAGUGCAGCGGUUACCAAGUGUCAUGUUGCUAUUAAAUGAUAUCAUCAAGCAUACCCCCAAAACUAACCUGGAUCACGAGGUGUUAGAACAAGCACUUGCUUCACUCAAGAAUGUUAUGACUCACAUCAAUGAAGACAGAAGAAAAACGGAAAGUCAGGUUGCUAUGUUUGAUAUCAUGAAUGAUAUAGAGAACUGUCCGCCGACGUUGCUCUCGGCCCAUCGCCAGUUCAUCAGUCGAAUGAAUGUGCACCAGAUCUCGGAUGAACCCGGCCUCCGUGGAGAUCAGUUAUGCCUCUUCCUCUUCUCUGACUACUUGGAGAUAUGUAAACGGCGAUCACGCGCAGCCCUGCAGUCGUACAAAAGUCCCAGCAAUGCCCAGAAACCUUAUCGUCACAUCGAGCUAGUGACGUUGUCAUCCAUCAAGAGGGUGAUUGACUGUACAGAAACAGAUGAAAUGCGAAAUAUGUUUGCGAUUAUCUAUCGGCCGACGACGGCCUCGAAGGAGAAGCUGUACAGCUUCAUGAUCAUCACCGAGGAUGUACAGAAGGAGGACUACCUCAUCAGCCUGUGUAAACAGAUAGCUAACACUACAUGCCGGACCGAUUAUGAGAACCUUCUUGUCAGUAUGGAUGCCAGCAGUUUGGAGAUCGACGCAUCCGAGAUCAGCAAUCAGAGUUUCAGCACAAAGGCGAAAAGAUUUGCAUCACGGACUAGAAAGCGCGUUGGACGGGUGUUCUCAUUCAACAACACCCCGAGGAAACUAAAGCGGGCAAUAUCGAGUGUUGGGGAGAGUAUGAGCCCCUUCCAGACUCCCAAGCUCACUCCCAGGUCAGCCCUUGGGUCCCGGCUAGCGGCUAGCACCAUGGAUCUGGAGGAUAUCAAAGUACAAAAGUCGUCGUUUCGUCGGCGUAUCAUGUCGACCGGGGAGCUCCUCUCUAUGGUGAAUAACACAUUAACUCGGCGAAGAAGGGGGAGCGUCAUGCCCGAUGCCACCAGGGUUGAUGCUGACUCACCGAAUAUGACCAUAGAGUUCACACCAGGGCUAACCUCGCUCCCAGUCCUGUCAACGAGAGGAGCAUUGUCGACCGUACUUAAACCGAUCACAGAUUCGCCCCUGGAAACGGAUGCGUGACGUCGAUAUAUUGUGGGAUUUCUAUCCUAGGACUAGAUUCACCAGUAACCCGGGUUGUGUGUACAAGCUGGUGUCCCUGCCAGUUGUGCUUCCUGCACCGAUCGGAUCACUCUUUCAUUCACCCAUAGACUUAACAUGAGACAAAUUGGACCAGACUUGCCACUAGCCUGGGAUCACUGCAUGUAAGAGUCGUGCGUGAGGGCCAGAUCACACUUUCAUCCAUGAGUCAAAUCUGACCAGUCUUGAACCUAGCCUUGGACCACUGCGUGCUAGUGUCGUCCUGUACUGGGAUGGAUGACACUUUUAUCCACCCACCAUAGACUUACGAGACAAAUCUGAACCUAGCCUGUGAUCACUGCCAGCUAGAGUCAUGUUGUACAGGGACAGAUCACACUUUCAUGCACCCCUGGACUUACGAGAUCAAUCUAGCCGGACUUGAACCUUGCCUGGGACAACUACAUGCAGUGUCAUGUUGUAUAGAGAUGAAUCACACUUUCAUUCAUCACUGGACUUAUGAGAUCAAUUUAGCCAGACUUGAAGCUAGUCUGGGACAACUACAUCCUGGUGUCGUGAAAGCCUGGAUUUCACUUUUAUCCACCCACCAUAGACUUAGUGGAGAUAUCGGGGGAAUUAACUUUACCUGGCUCUUGGGAGUUGCGAUAAUGAAUAAGAUGAAGUGUAUAAGACAUGAUGUCUCGCUGUGUGAUUGUGCUGCAUGGGGUUGGUGAGUGGAUAUGAAUGUGUGCAGCUUGUGUCGUGUUUUAUGUUGGUCAAUAGUCUUUAUUUGACUGAUGGCUACUGGCUGGUGUGGGGUAAAGCGUGUUUAUAAAGGCCAAGAUAGCUUGUUCAGUGCAUGGCCAAGAAAUAUGCAUUGCUUUUCUGUGUUAGACAUUGGAGUGUAUUGUCCAGGUGUGGAAAUGUGCAGUAUUACUUUUCAUUCUGUAGUCUUUAGGUGUCCAUACCACAGUUGGGUCUUCUGUGAAGGCCUGUUCCACACUGUUGGUCAUCCCGAUUUAGACCAAUAAGGUGUAUACUUGUGUUCUGGUUCCUGGUCGGCCACUCUUGAUCCACCAUAUUUGUAUCCAGCCUUUAAGUAGAGUUGAUCAAGAGAAAGUCUUGACUGGAAUCUGCACAAAAUGAGUAGGCAAAUACUACAGGUUCUAGCGAUUGACCCUGCUCACAACCAGCCUGUGAGGAGAGUUGAUUAAUAGAAAGUCUGACUUGAGGAAGACUUCGAGUUCAAGUUCCAGGUUGAAUUGGUUGGUACAAGUAUACGCCUUAUGGUUCGGAAUUUCUACGUUAUGCAGUGUGUACUCUUAUGUAAUCAGCUUUUGUCUUGGCCAUUUGUCUUAGAUUUUUCUGUUGAUUUUUUUCUUUUUGCAAUAUGAAUGGUUUCUGCCUUUGUUAUUGUAAGGCAAGCCUUGUACAUGAUUAAACAUUUUUGUGAUGAGGGUGGUAAACAGAUUAAUCACCUUGCAUAGAGCGUGGCCCAAAUUAAGUGUAUCUUUCCUCUAAAUUACAUUGUGUUUCAAGCACUGACGUACUAUGUGAGCUGAAUGACAUGUACAUUUAUAUCUUGGCAUCAGUAUUUUGCAUAUAAAUUGUGUAUGAAACUGUAUUCCAUUUAUCUAUUCAGUUCCCUUUUAUAGUAGUAUAAUCUAUCUUUUUCCAUAAGUGGCCAUCCCAAGGCUUAUAUCCAUGCAAUUAGAUGUAC